AUGCCGCCAACCGAGUCAUUCCAAGCUACCGACAUUCCUGACGCCGAUGGCUUGGCCGAGGUUCGUGAGAAAGCAGACGUGGACAAGUGUGCUGAUGACGGCGAAAUGGAGCACGAGCCAGUUGGAGGUUUAGCCGCCGCCGCAGGUCUCUCCGAGCGUGACACCUCAACUACCAGUGUUCACCCGGCUACGACCACAACUCGGGAGCCAGCCGAGGAGGGCUCUUUACACGGAGACGCUGUUGAGAAACCCACUGUCGACGGCAAGGAUGCAGUGUGCAAUGUGCCAAGCGGUUUAAUAGACUUGCCGACAACCGAAGCGGACCAGGAUGCUCACCGGCCCGCAAGGGAUCCGGCUGUGCAUGCAUCGACUGUGGGGGCACCAGAUGGCGAUGGAGAAUCUGAGCGUAAACCAGUUGAGGACUCAAUUCCUCCCGCAGAUCUCUCCUUGCCUGUGGAGCAGAAUACUUCCACCAAAGACGAGGUCCCGACUACUAGCACAACUCAGGAGGCCGCCGGUGAUGGCUCGUUGCAGGAUGAGACUGUUGAAGGACCCACUGCCGACGGCGCUCCUCUUGUGUCCUACCCGGUGCAGUCAUCUGACGGCGAAGGUUCUUUAAACGAGGAAACUGUUGAUCGACCCGCUGCCGACGACGCUCCUCUUGUCUCCUACCCGGUGCGGACGUUUGACGGUGAAGACUCUUCAAACGAGGAGACUACCGACCGACCCGACGUGCCGAACCGAGCCCGAGGAAUCCAACGUGCCGAUUCAUGCUGA